GCUCUACUUUGAGUUAUUGUUGGGAUUGGUCGAGAUUGCUGUGCUGUGAAUGGCUGUGCAUGCAAUCAGUUGCAAUGCGAUUCAAUGCAGUCCGAUGUAUUCUUUGGAUGACGUAAUGAUACUCGACGUAAUAGAUAUGCCUAUCAGUUGAUUUCUUAGUUCUUUGCUGUGUAGUGUUUUUUCUCAGAUUUUCUAUUGACUGACGUUUGAUUCUUGCCUGUUUGUAUAAGAAAAAAAUCUUCAGAGUGACUGAAGUGACCGAGGAAGAAGAGUUAUUAUUGAUACCACAAAUACAUAAUAUUAAAGUAAAAUUCAGCAUUACUUUGUUUUUUUUCGUUUACGUUACGUGUCACUCCGUACAUUCUGUUGCGUUUUGAUAAAUAUACGUAUUAUCAAAUGAAAGAACUGUACUGAUUAGUGCAUUUUAGGUUAUGUAUUUAUGUACUUUCAAGAUGUAAAAUUUCUGUACUUUUUGAGGACAGAAUGUCAUCAAUGUCUAACACAAAUGAUAUUUAUAACGCACAAAUUGCGAGAGUUAAUAAUUUGAGGAUGGAUGACGCUGGAGGAUAUGGUGUUGGUGUUGAUACCCCACAAAACAUGUUGCCAUCCAAUGCACCAAGUAAUGUUCAAAAUCCUCUGCAUUCCUCUGGCUCAGAAAGGGAUUCUACAGCAUCAACAUCGAAUGGUUUUAAUCAUUCCAUAACAAGGAGGUCAGGAAAUAUGGCAAAUGGCAGCAAUUCUAAUAUUUCUGUUUCAUUGUCUCAGCCAGUUUCUGUGGUAUUAAACCAUCAUACAGCUCACCCAGUUUACAACUGGCAGGCAACCAAAACUACGGUGAAAGAACGUUUUGCUUUUAUGUUCAAUAAUGAAAUUUUAAGUGAUGUACAUUUUAUAGUUGGUCGAGACACUCAACAACAAAGAAUCCCUGCUCACAAAUUUGUCCUCUCUGUUGGAAGUGCUGUUUUUGAUGCUAUGUUUAAUGGUACUUUAGCCACUCAGUCAGAAGAAAUUGAACUUCCUGAUGUGGAGCCUGCUGCUUUUCUAGCUUUAUUGAGGUUUCUGUACUCUGAUGAAGUGCAAAUAGGACCAGAGACAGUAAUGACGACAUUGUAUACAGCAAAAAAGUAUGCUGUGCCUGCUUUGGAGAAACAUUGUGUUGAUUUUCUUAAGAGCAAUUUAAGCAGUGAUAAUGCAUUUAUGCUUCUAACACAAGCUCGACUUUUUGAUGAACCUCAACUCGCAACCCUGUGUCUUGAAAUGAUUGAUAAGAAUACUCAGGAAGCAUUGAAUGCUGAUGGUUUUACAGAUAUAGAUAUUGAUACAUUAACAGCUGUAUUGGAACGUGACACAUUAAGGAUACGUGAAGCAAAACUUUUUCAGGCUGUUGUGAGGUGGUCAGAGGCAGAUUGUUUGCGACAACAGUUGCCAUUAACAAUUGAAAAUAAGAGAGUUGUUCUGGGCAGAGCUCUUAGUCUCAUCCGAUUUCCUCUGAUGUCAGUUGAAGAGUUCGCAGUUGGGGCUGCGCAGUCAGGGUUGCUCACUGACAGAGAAGUUGUUUCCCUCUUUUUGUACUUCACUGUAAACCCCAAGCCCGUGGUGGGUUUUCUGGACUCUCCACGAUGUUGCAUGACAGGGAAAGAGCGAACUGUCAAUAGAUUUCAACAAAUAGAAAGUCGUUGGGGUUACAGUGGAACUUGUGAUCGCAUUAGAUUCACAGCUGAUAGGCGCAUAUUUGUUGUUGGUUUUGGUCUUUAUGGUUCUAUACAUGGACCCAGCGAGUACGACGUUCAUUUACAAGUGAUACACACAGCAUCAGGCAAAGUGUGCGGCUCAAACAAUACUACAUUUAGUUGUGAUGGUUCAAGUUAUACAUUUAGAGUAAUGUUCAAAGAACCUGUUGAAAUAUUGCCAAAUACCAGUUAUACAGCAUCUGUUACAUUGAAGGGUCCUGAUUCCCAUUAUGGCACAAAAGGUCUGCAAAAACUUGUCUUGGAUUGCCCCAGUGGUGGGAAAGUAACUUUCCAGUUUUCUUAUGCUGCCGGAAACAAUAAUGGAACCUCAGUGGAAGAUGGACAAAUACCAGAAAUUAUAUUUUACACAUAACAUUUUUGAAUACUAAAUAUACAUGACAACAAAUAAUAGUUGCUUCUAAAUUUGCGAGUUCAAGUUCUAAAUUUGUCAGUUUUUGAUGUACUGUUAAUCAUUGUGAUAUGUUUGACUAAAAUGCUGCCCAAAGCCAUUAAAGUUGUGUGAUUUUUGUUCCUUAUUAUUUGUAAUUAAAUAUUUCUAUCAAACA